AUGGCUACUCCUACUCAAAAUCCUGAACCUGUGGCUGGUGCAAGUAAUGAAAGUCCUUCUGAUCUGUCUACAGUAUCUGAAAAUGUCACUGUUGAAAGUUCUGGGGCUAGAAUAGUAGAUGAGAAGGAAGUACCACAUGUGGUAACAGAGAAACUAGAUGAAGCCUGGAAAGUUUCCAGUAUUCCUGAGCCUAAGCAGUAUUUCUGUUUGGAUGCCAACCUGCUAGAUGCUGCCAUCACAGCUGUGAAAGCAAGGCUUGAAGAUAAAGAUAGCAAUGUUCGUGGGGCUUGGCUUCUAACUGAAAUUGAUCACUGGGACCUCGAGAAAGAACGGUUGAUACUUUUAAGUGAUAACAACAUUAUCUCUGUCAAGUACAACUUCAUUCUUGGUCAGAUAGAGGAGCUAAAGUUUAUUCCAGUGCCAUAUAUUUCAGAGCUUUUGUUUGGAGAUUUCAAGUAUCCAUCAUCUUACGUUUUCUCACGUAUUGCAAAAGGGCUAAAGGUGACAUGGGGAAAGAAGGAAGCACCUGUUCGCUUCAUUGAUCGGUGGAAUCCCUUUAGCUCCAAAGUGCCGAGUGCCACAUUUGCGUCACAUGUACUUGUCCGUCGCAAAAAAAUGAUUGACCCAAGACUCACAGUAGAGAGUGCUGUACCUGAAAUUGAAAAGGCCAUUGUAGACUUCUGGAAGCAGAACGGGCGGAUACAAGAGACAAGUGAUGGAAACACACAACGUGCUGGUGAUGAUUUCCGUGUCACUGGUGGAGAAAUUGUCGUUGGUCAUCUUGUUGGGCUCACUGCACUCGUCCACAAUGAGAGUAGCCUAGGAUUCUUUAAAAGAAGGGGAGCUGUCAAUUGGUAGAACUUUAAAGUUGCGUAGAAGUGUACACUCUCUUGGCAGAUGACUGACUAUUAAGCCUUGUUAUUUUACAUCACUGUUUUAUCCUAAUUAUGUUGUAAUGUUAUAAAUUAUGGCCCUGCAGCAAUUAGUGUUAAAGUUCAA